AGUGUUCACGUAUAGGGUCCUAAACAAUUCAAUUCUAACCAACAUAAUUAUUAAAUAAAAGUAUUGUACUUAAGAAAAGAAGACUACGUACAACCCGAUAUAUAUAUCAUAUAAAUUGCAAAGUUCUUGCGUACAUGCUUAUGAAGACAUAAACUAAUAAAGAAAGAAAAGGAAAAAAUAUGUUAAAUCCCUCUCUCGUUGUAGUCUUGCUUAUUGCAAUAGACGCAAGUCUGGUUAACUCCAGCUAUCUUAGCUGCUCGGGGAAUAUAUCAGCGAGCGAUGUUGAUCAAGUCCAUUUCGCAAUGAACUUGGAGUUCACAGAGGCCGAGUUCUUCUUAAAAGGGUCUACCGGAAAAGGACUCGAUGUGUUUAACGCGACGCUUGCUCAAGGAGGACCACCCCCGGAAGGGGCAAAGAAAGCAAAUCUUGAUCCUAUAACUAAUCGAAUCAUCGAGGAGUUUGGUUAUCAAGAAAUCGGUCAUCUUAGGGCGAUCGCGGAUAUGGCGGGAGGAAUUCCGCGUCCGUUGUUGAAUCUGAGUAGAGAGAAUUUCGCGGAGUUUAUGGACAGAGCGGUUGGACGGAGAUCUAACCCACGGUUCGACCCUUAUGCCAACUCAAUCAACUAUCUCUUAGCUUCAUACUAUAUCCCUUAUGUUGGCCUAACCGGUUACGUCGGAACCAUCCCUUACCUUUUAUACUUCAAUAUCAAACGGCUUGUGGCGGGUCUAUUGGGGGUAGAAUCGGGUCAAGACGGAGUGAUAAGGACGCUCCUGUAUGAGAGACAAUACGAGACGGUGGAGGAAUACGGCGGAGUCACGGUGGCUGAGCUGACCAACGAGAUAUCUAUCCUCCGUAACGAGCUUGGUAUGUGCGGGAUCAAGGACGAAGGCUUGUGCGUGCCGCUGUGGCUAGGUGCGGAGAAUCGCACCACCAGCAACAUCCUCUCUGCAGAUGCUUACUCUAUCUCUUAUGACCGGACACCGCAAGAGAUCCUCAGGGUUAUGUACGGCACCGGAGAUGAACACCGGCCAGGCGGGUUUUGGCCGUGUGGUGCCAACGGGAGGAUCGCUAGGAUGUUUCUUGAUGAAGGGUCUUAUGGUGAUUGCGUUGCAUGCUCUUCAGAGAAAGUGUUUUAAUUGAUACACACAACAAUAUAAAAUAAAAUCGGGAUGAAGGUUGUAAUAUUAUUCUCGGUAAGGUGAUAGUGGUGAUUACUGAUUACUGAUUACUGAUUAGUCCAUGUAACUUAUUACUCUAUCUAUGUUUAAUUUUAA